AGUGCAUGUGCUGAGUGUGCUCGAUUGCUGUCUGCAGAACAGGAAGUUUGGGCAGUAGUGUUUACUGAAUUACUGGUUAGCAGAAAUAUGUCUCCCUACAAAGAAGUUAAAGUCCAGGGGUAUGAGGAAUACUGCCAGGAAGUGGAGAAACACAAGGGGAAGACAGUGUUUGCUUAUUUUUCUGGGAGUAAGAAUGCAGAUGGAAAGAGCUGGUGCCCAGACUGUGUGAAAGCUGAGCCGAUUGUGUUCGGCGAAUUGGAGAAUCUACCUGACGAUUCGGUGUUCAUAUACUGCCAAGUUGGAGAGCGAGCAUACUGGAAAGACCCAAACAAUGAAUUCAAACAAAACCUCAAGCUGACGGGUGUUCCGACUCUCCUCAAAUGUGGCACGAGCCAGAAGCUAGUAGAAGAGCAAUGUCUUAAGGCUGAUCUGGUGCAAAUGUUGUUUUCUGAAGACUAAAUAGUGUGAGAAAUGUGCAUAUUGUGCCUAUGGAAACAAGAAA